CACGCUCGGCCACGCUGAAACGUUGUCCAAUCGGAGGCGACCACGAUCAAAAUCCAGGGGCUUCUAAAACUUCUGCUAGGAUGGCAGGGUUUCAAUUUUUCUGGUUUAUUUUAAUUAAUUUAUUGUUAAAUUUAGUUAUUUGUCUCGCCGGGAGAGAUUUCUAUGCCAUAUUAGGUGUUACGAAAAGUGCAAGCACUAAUGCAAUAAAAAAGGCAUAUAGAAAAUUAGCCAAAGAAUUACAUCCUGACAAGAAUCAAAAUGAUCCUGAUGCCUCACGAAAAUUUCAAGAUCUUGGAGCAGCAUACGAGGUGUUGUCGGAUGAAGAGAAGAGAGCAAAGUAUGAUAGAUGUGGAGAAGAAUGUUUGCAAAAGGAUGGCAUGAUGAACAAUAUGGAUCCAUUCUCUAGUUUCUUUGGUGACUUUGAUUUCUUUGGAGGUGAAUCACAUAAUCAACAACAUCAGACACCAAAAGGAUCAAAUGUUGUCAUAGAUCUUCAGGUUACCUUAGAAGAAUUAUACAGUGGAAAUUUUGUAGAGAUAACAAGAAAUAAGCCAGUAAUGAAAACUGCAACAGGAACAAGAAAGUGUAAUUGUCGACAAGAAUUAGUUACACGUAAUCUUGGAAAUGGGCGUUUCCAGAUGACACAGCAACUUGUUUGCUCAGAAUGUCCUAAUGUAAUUUUAGUUAAUGAAGAACGAGUACUUGAAGUGGAAAUUGAGCCUGGUAUGAUUGAUGGUCAAGAAACAAAGUUUGUUGCAGAAGGUGAGCCACAUCUUGAUGGAGAACCUGGGGAUUUGAUUGUUAAAAUCAAAACACAGCCUCAUCCUGUUUUUGAAAGAAAGGGAGAUGAUCUGUAUACAAAUGUAACAAUUUCAUUACAAGAUGCGCUACUUGGUUUUACAUUGGAAAUUAAACAUUUGGAUGGACGUAAAGUUAUAAUCACGAGAGAUAAAAUUACGAAACCAGGUGCGCGACUACGAAAAAAGGGGGAGGGAAUGCCCAACUAUGAAAACAAUAAUGUGCAUGGAACUCUCUUUAUUACGUUUGAUAUUGCGUUCCCCGAAUCCGAAUUCACAGAUACUGAAAAAGAAGAUAUAAGGAAACUACUGAAUCAAAGUUCUGUGAAUAGGAUAUACAAUGGACUAAGAGGAAACUGAAUCCCUUAUUAGGCAAAAUAACUUAAUUGAAUUGUGAUGCUAUUUAGUGUCAUAAUAUUAAUGUCCAUUGCGCGUUUACGCCUAUAUCAGACUAUCUUGGAUGUGAUUACAAAUGAAAUUAAAAUAAGAAUCUUCUUUUAGAUUUAUAGUAUUUUGGAACAGAAGUGUAAAAUAAAGACUGCAAUAAUUGAUCUUCUGUUUAAUGAUCAAUUAAUUUCUGUGUAAACAUCAGCGAUGGUUCUAAUGAAUUUAAAAUAUUUAAAUUAUUUUAAAUUUAAUAGAUAUGAGUGCUGUGUGAAUGUCUUAUCAGAAAGAGUGUUUAUGCAUUUCUACGUUUGUAAAUCAAGAUCAUACAAAAGUGUUUGAGAGUGAUCUAUUAAAAUAAAAUC